UCGACGUCAGGAAUCAACCCACGGCCUCGCUGCCCAGCGGCGCUCCUCCCUGUUGCCUCCUCCUACUCACAUCUCUUCUACCAACUGGUGUUUCAGAUCUCGCCCACCGCCGCUCCCUGGACUCUGCACCUCAGCCUGCUGCUGCCGCCGCCGCCAACUCUAACCUGCACGCGGCAGCUAAUCGGCGAUGUUCGCGACGGCGGCGCGGUGGGCGGCGAAGAAGGGGAAGCCGAAGAUGGCGCCGAUCGAGCUGACGGCGCCGCCGGAGCAGGCGCAGUCCAUCACGCGCGCAAUCUUCGAUGUCGUCAGGGAGCACGGACCGCUCACCAUCUCCGACGUCUGGGAUCAUGUCAAGGAUGUUGGCCUUAGGGGACUGAAGAGCAAGCGGCAGAUGAAGAUCAUGCUGCGGUGGAUGAGGGAGCAGCAGAAGCUCAGGCUCAUCUGCGACCACGACGGCCCGCACAAGCAGUUCCUGUACACCACCUGGUUCACCAACCCCAAGAAUGCGCCGCAGAGGCCCAAGGUGGAGCUCAAGGCUAAAGCCGAGCAGCUCUCCCCUUUCCCUCCCAAGCAGCCGUGAUACACGACCAGGUUCCCGUCCGCAAUGCUCUCUGCUCUGCACUUAUUUCUGCUGUCCUGGCAUAAUGUUCCGAGUGGAGACAGACGCUGAAUAUGUUGACACGAACAAUAUAGCUUCUUGUGGGCUUUUGGCUAUAUUGUUUGUGCAACCUCCAUUACUGAACAACCAGCGGUCUACCAAGUGAUGACUAGUUGUGUGUCUUCUAAGUUUCUUACCAUCAAGGGCGAUUUCCUGGUUAAUCAGCAUCCUCUCUUUAGCAUGCAACAAAAGUGAAGAACCAUGCAACUUUCUUCAACAUCUCUGGGCCUCAGCAGCGGGGAAUAGCAAACUGUACUGAAAUACAAGAAAUUUCAGAUAUUUUCAUGAAAUGUUGUGAGUACGUACAUCUGGGGCUCAUGCUGUUGGAAUAAUCUAUUUUCCCGUGUUAAGUGGCACAUAUGUACAACAACAGACAAUUAUACAGCUAUACACUUUCAAGUUUCAA